AACGCUCUCUGAAUUCGCGCACGCGCUCCAGAUGUGCGUGUUCACCACGCGCACGGAGACGCGCACGCAUCAGCGUCUCUCAUUGAACCAGAGCGGAGCGCAGGAGGAGCGAAACAUGGCGACCUCGAACAAUCCGCGAAAAUUCAGCGAAAAGAUCGCGCUGCACAACCAGAAGCAAGCGGAGGAGACGGCUGCGUUUGAAGAGGUGAUGAAAGACCUGGGUAUUACUCGGGCUGCCCGUUUACAGUUACAGAAGACACAGUAUUUACAGCUCGGUCAGAACCGAGGCCAAUACUACGGUGGCUCUUUGCCAAAUGUCAAUCAGAUUGGAAACGCCGCCAUUGACCUUCCUUUUCAGACUCCUUUUCAGAAUUCAGAGUUGGACACAAGUCGAGCGACCCGUCACCACGGUCUGGUGGAGAGGGUCUAUCGAGACAGAAAUCGCAUCACAUCUCCACACCGUAGACCUCUCUCGGUGGACAAACAUGGCCGUCAAAUAUCCUCUUGGAGUCUGUUCAAUAAUGAAGACAGCUGCCCAUAUGCUUCAGUUUAUCUGUCACCCCCACCUGAUACCAGCUGGAGGAGGACCAACUCGGACUCUGCCCUGCACCAGAGCACUUGUAACCCAAACCCACAAGAUGGAUUUGCAGGAGGUUCCCAAGAUUUGCAGACAAAACAAGUUCUUCUUCUCACUAUGCCAGGAACAGGGGAACCAGACAGUGACUUUGACAGAGAAGGUCAAAAACAGAUAUGGGAUCAUAAAAAGAACACUUCAUCAAGGCCCAAAUCAAACAAAAUACCUGGAAUUAACAUAUUUCCAUCUCCAGAUCAGGAAAUGACAGCAGAAAUGACCGGCGGCUCUCUGCCAGACCUAACCAAUAUUCAGAUUCCCCCUCCUCUCCCCACACCUCUUGACCCCGAUGACAACUCAUCCACUUUCAGUGCCUCCAACAGCACCGGCAACCUGGCCAACACUCACAUGGGCCUCACUUCUGCUAGCCAAGCCCAGACCACAUCGACGGUGAGCGUUCAGCGCCGACAUGAGAAUGUGGUUCCUCUUAUUCUCAACACAGACUCUCAGCAGCAUCCAGGUCUCCAGCAGCUGUCGCCCACCCUCUCUCCUCCACUCUCUCUAGCUCAGUCGCUGACAAUAGACACCAUGACGCUGGAGCAGCAGUUGGCUCAGUAUGCUUUCUUCAGUCAGCCGUCCACACAGUCAGGGGUCAGUGGACUUCCUCAGCUCCAGCAGAACAAUCAGCUGCCACCUGCAUCAGGCAGCCAGACACAGACCUCUGUGGGCAUUGACAUUAACACGGCUUCUUCCCUCCAGCAGUACCGCUGUAGGGUGGGGUCUUCGGCCAAUCAGUCUCCGACUUCUCCUGUCUCCAAUCAAGGCUUCUCUCCCGGGGGCUCGCCUCAACACUCAUCCAUUCUCGGAAGUGUCUUCGGUGAUGCGUUUUAUGACCAGCAGCUGUCUCCCCGGCAGACCAGCGCUUUGUCUCAACAGCUAGAGCAGUUCAACAUGAUUGAGAAUGCAUUCAGCUCAAACAGUCUGUACUCAGAGGGAUCGACUCUAAACUACUCGCAGGCCGCAAUGCUCAACCUGACCGGUAGCCACGGCAACCUGCAGGACACACAGCAGCUAAGCUAUAGCAGCCAUGGGAACAUCCCCAACAUCAUUCUCACAGGUGACAUGAGCUUUGACGCAGAUUCCCAGUUCCCCUUGGAUGAGCUGAAAAUCGAUCCGCUAACACUGGACGGCCUGCACAUGCUCAACGAUCCUGACAUGGUUCUUGCAGACCCCGCCACAGAAGAUGCUUUCCGGAUGGACAGGCUGUAAUAUUUUAGGUAUAUUAUAUUAUUAAUUUGCCCUUUUUAGAGAUUGGUAUGGUUACGUGGGAGAAGAAGCUAUGAUCUCCACAGUGUGUUUAGGGGCACCUGACCCGUUUUCUCAAAGCUCACCAUGCGGAAAGGUGGGUGGUCGCUGCAGUGUCUGAUAAUGUUUUCAUAGCGUGCUAUGGAGAAUGCUAGAAGCGCUGCCACAGUCCACAAUUAUUUAGGAUUAUACUGACACCUUUAACUCUAGAUGAGUGAAUGGGACUAUAUAUACUGUAUAAGAUCCCUCAAUGCCCUUUUCUUAUGUUCUUUCAUUUCAUUGCCUAAAGAAGCCCCUUUCGCUCCCCCCGUACCUCCAAUCGCUUGCCUCCCGGCUCAAAAAUCUGUUACAUGCCACUUUGUUUUCACUACAAAUAUUUAUUUAUGCACUUUUAUACAUGCAUAUGCCACCAAAAACAUUGUUUGCCAUGAGUGGUUUUUAAUUUCUUUGUACAAAUGUUUCUUGCUUAUAAGACCAUUAAUGGUUAAAAAGGAGUGUUAAUCCUCCCCAUUUUAAGGGCAGUAUUGUUAGCCUCAUGCAUCAGCUGAAACACAUUUUACCUUUACACUAAUGUACUCAAAGACAGCUAUGUUUCUUCAUUGUGGUUUGAAUAUAUGAUUGUAAUUUGUUAUAAAUGUCUAGUCAUGGUUCCGGGUGAUGUGGCUAAAGAUGAUAAAUGCACUUUGUGAGGAUUAUGAUCAAAUGAAUCUGGCUGAAAAAAAUAGGCUAAUUGGAAACUUUCAUAUCUCUUGUGCUUAAUUUGGUUUUGGUCACCAAAGCGUUUAGAUAUGCAUGUGUAUAUGCACAUGGUUACAUAUCAUUGCACUAAUUUAAAUUAAGCAGAUCUCUAUGAAACAUUUCACACCAGUGAAUUCGGUGUACCUCUACGUUCAAUGUACAGUGUGCAUGUAGCGUUACAGUAUAGCACAGCUACUGUAUGUUAAACAAUCUUUGUAGUGUACCUGAUACAGUCAAAAUGAUGCUGCAGUCUUUAGCAUUACUUUCAGGUUAAGAAACGAAAACGCAGUACAUGAUAAUGACGUUUGCAUGUGUAUCAAACUAGUCACUGUGAUAACCAGAUUCUGCCUUACACUGAGAAAAUGCAGUUUUUUGUCAUUUCUGUUCUGUGAAAAUUUUGUUGUAUUCUGAAAAAUUUGGUACUGUAAAAUAGCUGUAAGUGAUUCUGGGUUUGUUUUGGUGCAUUGCUCUCAUUGCUGUCAUGUCUUCUGGUUCUCAUGACAUCAUAUGCCCAAAAGGGGAGGUUUAUUACUCUUACUACCUUUUUUGAAUCACAUUUAUCUUUUUCUCAUUUUUUUUCUCUCUAGAUUUUUAUACUCUUACCACUUUAUAAAGUGUAAGAAGUUUGUUUACAAGUAACAUUAAUACAAUCUUAAUGUUUAAAGUAAGUAAUGAAAUGCUAAAUACAAGAAAAAUAUUUUAAGAAAUUUUGUUAUCCUUGUAAAAUUUCUCUGAAGGGAUAACCGGAUUUGGAAAAAUAUCUAUGCAAAGUAUAAUUAAAUGUUUAAGAACACAAAAAUACUAAAAAUGGCUCAAACAAAAGUAUAGUUUUUAUAGCAUCUAUUCGUUCUAAGUCCAUGCAGUGAAUUUUAAUUGUUGCACAGAUGGCUUUGUUUAUUUUCAGCAAUGUAGAAACAGAAUAGUUAAUGCAUGAAAAAUGUUUUUAAAUCUCUACUUCGUAAAGGACUUUUCUCAUAUGAGAUCUGAUUGCACCGUGUACAUUUGUAUAAAUGAAACGCAUGACCAACAUGUGCUUUGUCUCAGACAAUUGUUUUCAUGAGGAUCAUGCUGCAAAUGUUAAAAAAUGUAAAAUAUUCAAGUGGAAGGAUGUGUCAGGUAAACAGUUAUUGUUAUAUAUUCCUUUACUUAACUGCCUCAUGGAAAGAGCAGCAUUGCUGAAACCAGAAUGUAUUUCAUCACUUUUUGUGUAGGACCAAACAUAUUACUGAACUAGCGUUGUUUUUGUUACUGUGAUGUCUUUUCCAUGUGUCGAUUAGUUAAUAGUUGCCCUUUGUGUUAUUGUGCCGCCUCCAUUUCACUCGCAAGUGGCUGCAUGGCCGAUCACCUUUACAAAAUGGUGAUUUUAUAAGCUGCGCACUUUUAUCUUUGUGACAUUUUAUUUCACAUCUGUAUUCGUGUAGUCCGCGUUUAUGUGAACGUGUAUCACUUCAUACAUUUACUUGGCACUUUAAUCAAUAGUACGUUUUUUUCCUCAUUCUUUUUACACCCAUCUGAGUGACUGUUAUGUGCACUGGGUCUAUUCUCCCCCCAUGUUUGGCCGCCUUUGCCUUCUACUCUAAGACAAGUAUUUUUGAAAAAGUGAAAAAGUAUCUGUUGUCUAUUUAUGAUUUUAUACUUGAUCAAAACUUUUUAUGUAGUGUUAGCAAAGUAUGAAAGUACCCCGGUAUUAACAAAAUGCAUCAAAGAAAGCUGGUGACUGUGUCUUAGUUCAUAAUGGACCAGUUUUAACUUCACAUAGCUUUCAUCCGUGGACUGAAGUGUGUCAUUAACAAAAAUUGAAGCAGAAUCUAAAAAAGUAAGUAACAGAUAUAAAAGGAAUGCAUGCAAAAAUGAAAAUGUCUUCUUUGUAACUUCUAUUCAGUAUCUAAUGUAUGUACAGCCUUCAUGUACAUAAAUGCUACACUAAUACAUUUCUAUAUUUUAACAUUUAAAAUUAGAGCUUAAUAUAUAAAAAGUAUGUAAAAAUCUAUAAAUGAAACAGAUAAUAUGGAACUAUAUGUUUCAAUAUUUCAAAAUGCUUUGACGUGGACUUUAUAUUAUCCUUUGUUCAGGGAUUUCUAACUUUCCUUUGACUCAUUGUUUAAAUAAAAAUCUGUGUCUAUUAUCAAGUGAGAUCACACUUCUAGGCAGAUUUUUGUUUUUUUAAAUCCCUGCGGCAAUUGUACAUGCAGUUUUGCUUUUCAGCCUCUAUACACUGAACUUUGUUAAAGCUUUGUGAAAUGAUAUCCUCUUUUGUCUUUGUUCUGUAGUGUUUGCAGUAGAACUAUUCGUUUCUGGCAGGUGUUCUUCUAUUUUCAUAUAUGUAUGGAAUUUGAUGUUUAAGUACUGUAAAAGUCGUCUUAUCAUGCUUAAGGUCUGUUUACUGCAUUGUAGAUUCGUAAUUUCUUUUCUAUGGUUGCUUUAUCUGCUCAGUUCCUAGAUUUCCAAAUAUAUCUAUCUUGUAAGACAUGUUUACUUGAGGUUUAAUUUAAAAGAAAUAUAUUGUUACAAGAGUUCUCAUAAUGCAGUUAAAAAGAUAAGUUAUUGGCAUAAAAAACAUUUCACUAUGUUACAAAUUGACUCUCAGUAAGGAAAGAAACGAAGUUGAUGUUACUAUAAGUACAAGGAUAAAGCUAGAGUCCGGCUUAAUGGUUAUGCUGUUAAACAUAAUAUCUAAAUAUGAACAGAAUUAUGUUGAGUAUUAUGAAAAUAGCCAUAAAAACAAAGGGUUGUAUUAUUUUAUUUCGUUUUUUUUUUUUUGAUUUCUUUCAUGGGAAACAAAUUGUAAGGUAAAGUUUUUCCCCUAUAAUUUGGUUCUCCUUAAUGUAAAUUUUGUUUAAAGGUCCCGUUCUUCCUGUGUUUUUGAACCUUUGAUUGUGUUUAAUUUGCCCAAUAUAACGUGUUCAUGUUUCAUGUGUAAAAAACAUGGUAUUUUUCACACAAUUUACUUAUCUGUAUACCGCUGUUUUCACUGUCCUAAAAACAGCUGAUGUCUUCCUUGUCCUAUGAAGUCCCUCCUUCAGAAAUGCGUAACGAGUUCUGAUUGUGUAGCUUGUUUAUUGUGUUGUGUUGUGAUUGGACAGCAGCUUAGCUUAGCAGACCCAUUUGAGCUUAGCUGGCGACUGACAUAUUCCUGUGGGCGGAGUUUAGUCAAAAACUCUUAUAUUGACGUCAUUAAAGUAGAAAAUAGAGGGCUGUAGUCCAAAUUGGCCAAUCGCUGUAGGCUUUGAAAGGUGAAUUCUGAUAAAGAAAAUGUAUCGCCUUGCAGUGAACUUUGAGCUUUAUCAUUUUACAGGUUUUAUUUAUGCUCUAACGGCAACAUUACAAACUAACUAAAGUUUGAAAAAUGGGAUCAGGAAGAAUGUGACCUUUUUUAAGUGUUGUUUUUUUCUCUAAACAAUAGCAGAUCUGGAAUUCUUUGUUGUGAAACGAUCAUGCUUUAAUGAGUGUGCCAAUAGAUUUUAUUUAAAACAGCCCUCUUUAAAUAACUUGUUUUUUUCUCUUUAAGAUAUUUGCAGCAUUUGUAAGAUUUGUAAGACACUACUUUAUAACACCAGUAAAAUAAAUUGUGAAGAAAGUGUGCAUGUAUAUGUUACCUGCACACUUUCUUUAUUAUUGACAAAGCCAUUUGUAUAAAGCCAAAAAUGUUCUUACAUUUAGCUCAUGCUAUUAAAUUAUUUACCUCCAGUUAAUAAUGCUUGGUUUAACAAUGUAGAUGCUUUUGCAUCUAAUGGCAGUUUAAAAAUAGCUUAGCUUACUUUACCUUUUGUUAACAUUGAUAACCUAUUUUUUAAAAAUCAGCCGUUAUUACCUCCCCUGCCAACUAUUUACAUAAAAAGCUGUAUUACUUUAUAUCCUUCAACACUAAAAACUUGAUUUUAUUGUUAAAACUUUUGCUGCAUGGUACUGAAUAUUUAAAUACCUGUAAGUCUUGAUGUGAUGUCCUGCUUUUUUGCAGUUAUCAAGUUCUGAGUAUAUCUAAAAUCUCUUUAACUGGAAAUAUUUUCCUAUCAAGUGACUUUCUAUACUUUUGUUUUAACUACAAGAAAUGUUAGGAGAGAUGACAUGAUAAUCCAACCUAGUGGCAUUUAAAUGUAUAAACAAAAUUUUAAGAUCAUCAUACAGUAUGUGCAUUUAAUGAAUGUGAACUACUAUUCUAGUGGUUCAUAUCUCUACAAAGGCAGCUAAUUUAUAUUUUUUUCAGUAUAUGAUAUGAUAAUUCAGACGUUGCACAUACAUUUGACUGCGAAGUUCAGACAUUAAUUUAAUAUUUUGCAGCUGGUCAUGAUUAUUCUCACCAAAUAUGCAAACCUAGCUUUCAGGAACAGCUUUGCAGCUCUGUGGUUUUGUUUAUCUGACCCUUUAAAAAUGAAAGAAAAAUGUUCCUCUUACAGAAUGUUUUCUAUGAAAUAAAGAAAGCAAAAAAGAAUAUAUAUAAAGAUGUGGGGUGUGUAAGUGUAUGCUACUUAUUUAAAACAAGAUGUUACCGAGCUAAAUCCCAUUGUCCUUACUGUAUUUUUCUGUGUGGAAGCUAAAGUCUUUGUACCUUUGCAUUAAUAUUUGUUUAUGGAAUUGAAUAAAAAAUUUCAAAAGCAUAA